CCCUCCUCCCUCCCCCCGGCCGGUCCUCGCUGCCCUGCCCCGGCACGGUUUGGGGCAUGCCUGUGAGCAUGUUCAGCAUCGACAAUAUCCUGGCGGCCAGACCUCGCUGCAAGGACUCGGUGCUGCUGCCUCCGAGCGCUGCCGCGCCCGUUGUCUUCCCGGGCCUCCACGGGGACUCUCUCUACGGCAGCGCCUCCGACUACGGCGGAUUUUACUCCCGGGCGGUGGCACCCGCCUCCGCGCUGUCGCCGGCCGUCACUGGCUCUCGCCUCGGCUACAACAACUACUACUACGGGCAGCUGCAUGUGCCGGCUUCUCCCGUGGGCCCUUCGUGCUGCGGAGCCGUGCCGCCCCUGGGCGCCCAGCAGUGCUCCUGCGUUCCCCCCGCAGGUUACGAGGGCACUGGCUCUGUCCUGAUGUCCCCUGUUCCCCAUCAGAUGUUGCCCUACAUGAACGUGGGCACUUUGUCCCGGACGGAGCUGCAGUUACUGAACCAGCUGCACUGCAGGCGAAAAAGACGGCAUCGGACUAUCUUCACUGACGAGCAGCUGGAAGCUCUGGAAAACCUCUUCCAGGAAACGAAAUAUCCAGACGUGGGCACUAGGGAACAGCUGGCCAGAAGGGUGCACCUAAGAGAGGAAAAAGUGGAGGUGUGGUUCAAAAACCGCCGGGCAAAGUGGAGGAGACAAAAGCGGUCGUCUUCGGAGGAGUCAGAAAACGCACAAAAAUGGAAUAAAGCGUCUAAAAUGUCUCCGGAGAAGAGGCAAGAGGACGGGAAAAGUGACUUGGACUCCGACAGCUGAUACCUCUCGGGGGGGGGGACAUUUCCCCUGGACUGUCGGAUACGCUCCAGAGGAUGCUACUAAUCUUGCACAAGCUCUGCCUUGCUGGAGGGGAAAAAUAUUUGUAUAUAAUGUACCAUGCCCCGAGUUGAUUAGGUGUAAAUAAAAUGUAUUGCGGAGGUGUUGCACAGG